CGGCGGGCAAGCCAGCGGACGGAGUACGCCAGGUAGUGCCCCAGCUGCGUCGCCUUCUCUUUUUUGCUCGCCCCGCCUGCCUUAGCCCAGCUCGGGAGGGCGGAAGAACUGAGGCUGCAAUGAGGAGCUUGCUUUCCGCAGGGAGAGACUGAGGAGGCUGAUUUACUGCGAGAAGGGUGGGAGGAAGUCCCAGGAAUGAACUGGGACGGACACCCCGGCGGGAGUCUGUGAGCAGCGGAGCCGGCGUCCCAGCAGCUUGAACCCAGCCAGAGGAGAGACCUGAGCCGGCCUGCCUGCCCCCUUGUUUUGAGGCCACAGAACAUUUGUACAUGAGGAGGACCUAAGCCCAGAGAUGGAAUUUUGGUUAGCGUUUGUCUUCUUGGGGAUUUUCUCGAUGUCUGAUUCCGCCCGAGGCCCUCCAAGGAUCUCGGACCGUGUGGCCCCCAGGCAGUCGGCAAGGCUGGGGAGGACCGUCAAACUCCUGUGCCCUGUGGAAGGGGACCCACCGCCCCUCACCAUGUGGACUAAGGACGGACGCACCAUCCAUAGCGGCUGGGCCCGUUUUCGGGUCCUCCCCCAGGGCUUGAAGAUCAAGGAAGUGGAACGAGGGGAUGCUGGUACCUAUGUGUGCAAGGCCACCAAUGGCUUCGGCAGCCUGAGUGUCAAUUACACACUUAUUGUGAUGGAUGACGUCACCGUGGGGAAGGAGAACCCAGGACCCGAAGGCUCCAAUGGUGAACAGGAAGAUGCAUCUGGCAAACAGUGGGCCCGACCUCGAUUCACCCAGCCCUCCAAGAUGCGGCGGAGGGUGAUUGCCCGGCCCGUGGGCAGCUCUGUCCGGCUCAAGUGUGUGGCCAGUGGCCAUCCACGGCCCGAUAUCAUGUGGCUGAAGGAUGACAAGACCUUGACGCCUCAGGAGGUUGGCGAGCACAAGAAGAAAAAGUGGACACUCAAUCUGAAGAACCUGAAGCCGGAGGACAGUGGAAAGUACACAUGCCGUGUCUUUAACCGUGCUGGCGAGAUCAAUGCCACCUACAAAGUGGAAGUCAUCCAGCGGACCCGCUCCAAGCCCAUCCUGACGGGCACCCACCCAGUGAACACUACCGUGGACUUUGGCGGGACGACAUCUUUUCAGUGCAAGGUGCGCAGUGACGUGAAGCCAGUGAUUCAGUGGCUUAAGCGGGUUGAAUACGGUACAGAGAGCAAGUACAACUCCACCAUUGAUGUUGGCGGCCAGAAGUUUGUGGUGCUCCCCACUGGGGAUGUGUGGUCCCGGCCCGAUGGCUCCUACCUCAACAAGCUUAUGAUCACCCGUGCCCGGCAGGAGGAUGCGGGCAUGUACAUCUGCCUCGGAGCCAACACCAUGGGCUACAGUUUCCGAAGUGCCUUCCUGACCGUGCUGCCAGACCCCAAGCCCCCCAGUGGCCCAGCAGCUCCCUCAUCAACCAGCAGUCUGCCUUGGCCAGUGGUUAUUGGCAUCCCAGCCGGCGCCGUCUUCAUCUUGGGCACCGUGUUGCUGUGGCUGUGUCAGACCAAGAAGAAGCCGUGUUCCCCGCCCCCGGCAGCGCCAGGCCACCGGCUGCCCCCUCGGGACCGAGCCGGCUUGGCUGCCGUGCCUGACAAGGACUGCCUGACCUCAGGACACUACGAGGAUUAUGGGGUGGGGGGUCAGCCCCAGCUGCCCCCCCCAGCACAGCAGCACCUUCUGGGCCAAGGCCCAGGCCCCACCACCAAGCUGUACCCUAAGCUCUAUACAGACAUCCACACCCACACGCAUACCCACUCCCACUCCCACGUGGAAGGCAAAGUUCACCAGCACAUACAUUACCAGUGCUAGGUGGUGGCGGCCCAGGCAGUGGGUAUUCGAUAUCCCGGCUCUAUGUGGCGGCAGGUGGUUAAGCGAGGCCCCUUUGUGGGGGGGCACCCCAGCUGGGACCCAUACAGACCCCCCAUGGGGCAGGAGGUACAGAGAGACAGAGCCACAGAGAUGUGGAAGAAUGCCGAGGGAGCUCCAGGAGAUGGAUGUGGACAGAGGCUGAUGCAGAUGCAGCUUCCAGGACAGAUCUAGAGACACACAGAGCUACAGGAACAGACAUAGACGGAGUCUCAGAAAGAGAGAAUCUAUAUAAAGAGUUCUAUUUUUUUUUUUUGUGACAUUGCAGUGAAUCUGUAGUGAUGGAAUAAUGAAGGAAUCGUCCUCCCCCUACCCCUGCUCUUGCUCCAAGGCAAUCAUCCUUGAUUGAUGCUUUAUUCGCCUCCACCCCAUCUCAAACCCCCCUCCCUGGCCCCUGAAGCAGUGGGUGCUUUGUCAGUGGGUUCUUGGCUUUAAAGAAACAAAAGAUGCCCCCCAUCCCUUCAUCCCGCCUUGUUCCAUGCCCAGAGUUGUGGAGAUAGAAGGAAGGGGUUUGGUCUCCUGCAUGGAGCAAUGUCCCCUGCCCUGUGCUGGGGCCAGAAAGGGAGGAGAGGAAAGGCUUGUUUCACUUCCAACAGGCCAGCUCUGGUGGGGUGGGGGUGGGGCGGGUGAGGGAGUCCUGGGAAAGGCCAUUGAGCUGUGGACUCUCUGCUAGCCCCCGGCAUGGCACCAUCAUUCAUUGGGCUCUCCAGACUUCCCCUUCCCCUCUCCCCCUGCCAUUCCCUCUGCUAUUUAUAUUUAAGAAAUUAAGAAAAUAAUAAUAAUAUUAAUAAUAAUAAUAAAAAGGAGAGCCUUCCCGAGAGCGGGCAAAGGCCCUCCAGGGUCAGCAGCACUGACUUCAGUGCAUCCCUUGUGGAAUGCCAUCUAUCCUAGAGAUCGCUCCAGCUGAUGACUGUACCCCAAGAAGGGUAACCCUUGUGGAAUGGUCAUCUAUCCUAGAGAUCGCUCCAGCUGAUGACUGCACCCCAAGAAGGGUAACCCUGGGUUGCCCAUCUAGAGCCAAGGCUGAGCCCUUGAGAGAGAUGCCGGGGCCCACUUGCCCACCUCUUCUCCGUUGGCUGUAGCUGGGUGUUAAUGUAAAGGAAACACCCUCUUCAGCCUAGAGAGUAUCUAAGCAGGGGCCAUGUAUGUUUAAUUUAUUUUGUUUAACGUGGUCAAACGAAGUAUGUGCUUUUCGUACAAGCAGGUUUUUCUAUCUGUCCAUCUGCCAGGCUAGAAAGGCAGGCCUGUUUGUGUGUCUGCCACUCCUGGGAGCCCAGGGUUGCUGUAAUCUCAGAGUGAGCACGGUUCCAGCAGGUGGGAACUUGACUAGGUCCAUCCCCUCCUAAGCCUGGAUCCUGGGGAAUGACAGGGGAAGUAGGUCCAGACCAGGACAGAGGAUCUGAACCCGGCCAAAGGCUUUGCUUCCUUAUCCUUCCCCUUCCCCCGCCUCAAACAAACAAACAGACAAAAAUGAGGCAGAUUUGGGUUUGGAAAACUUAUGUGACUUUAUGAUUCUUCAAAAACAAAAAUGUUGUUCCCCCUUCCUCUCCCUCCCCCAGUCCUGAAGGAAGCUUGGCUUAU